GGCCUGAAACAAACGGAAGUAGCACGUGCGGACGGUGGGGGCAGUAACCGGAACUCGGAGGGAGCGCUGGUGGAGUCGGCCAGAGCUCGACCCCAAGAUGAAGGUGAAGAUGCUAAGUCGGAACCCGGACCACUAUGUCCGCGAAACCAAGUUGGAUUUACAGAGAGUUCCAAGAAACUAUGAUCCAACCUUACAUCCUUUUGAGGUUCCACGAGAAUACGUAAGAGCUUUAAAUGCUACCAAACUGGAACGGGUAUUUGCAAAGCCGUUCCUUGCUUCCCUGGAUGGUCACCGAGAUGGAGUCAACUGCUUGGCAAAGCAUCCAAAGAGCCUGGCUACUGUCCUUUCUGGGGCAUGUGAUGGAGAGGUUAGAAUCUGGAACCUGACCAAACGAAACUGUGUCCGUACAAUACAGGCACAUGAAGGUUUUGUACGAGGAAUAUGUACCCGUUUUUGUGGGAGUUCUUUUUUUACUGUUGGCGAUGACAAAACUGUGAAGCAGUGGAAAAUGGAUGGCCCAGGCUUCGGAGAAGAGGAAGAGCCGCUGCACACAAUAUUAGGAAAGACAGUGUAUACAGGGAUUGAUCAUCACUGGAAGGAGGCUGUUUUUGCCACAUGUGGACAGCAAGUGGACAUUUGGGAUGAACAAAGAACCAGCCCUAUAUGCUCAAUGACCUGGGGAUUCGACAGUAUAUGUAGUGUUAAAUUUAACCCAAUUGAGACAUUUCUCUUGGGAAGCUGUGCUUCUGACCGGAAUAUAGUACUAUAUGAUAUGAGGCAAGCUACUCCUCUGAAAAAGGUCAUCUUAGAUAUGAGAACAAAUACACUUUGUUGGAACCCUAUGGAAGCUUUCAUUUUCACUGCAGCAAAUGAAGAUUACAACCUGUAUACGUUCGACAUGCGUGCGCUGGACAGCCCCGUGAUGGUGCACAUGGACCACGUGUCUGCCGUGCUGGACGUGGACUACUCUCCCACCGGGAAAGAGUUCGUGUCCGCCAGCUUUGAUAAGUCUAUUCGAAUCUUCCCCGUGAACAAAAGUAGAAGCAGGGAAGUGUACCACACCAAGCGGAUGCAGCAUGUCAUCUGUGUCAGGUGGACUUCCGACAGCAGGUACAUCAUGUGUGGGUCUGAUGAAAUGAACAUUCGUCUCUGGAAGGCUAACGCUGCUGAAAAACUGGGUGUGCUUACAUCACGAGAAAAGGCAGCCAAAGAUUAUAACCAGAAGUUGAAGGAAAAAUUUCAGCAUCAUCCUCAUAUAAAACGUAUCUCACGUCACAGACAUCUACCAAAAUCCAUCUACAGUCAGAUUCAAGAACAGCGCAUCAUGAAAGAAGCUCGGAGGCGAAAGGAAGUGAAUCGCCUCAAACACAGCAAGCCCGGGUCCGUGCCGAUCGUGUCGGAGAAGAAGAAACACAUAGUGGCCGUCGUGAAGUAAUGUUUGGUGUGUUCCUGCCAGUGCUCACUUGUGCUUGUUUGAUACGUUGCGAUUUGCAAAUUCUACAGAAAAAAUGCAGUUAAUCCUUUAACACCACAGAUUUGAACUGGCCAGAUUCACUUAAAUGCAGGGUUUUUUCCCCAGUAAAUAAACAGUUGGCCCUUUGUAUUUCCAGGUGUGCAUCUAUAGAUUGAACCAAAAAGGAUUGAAAUAGUAUUUUCUGUCAAAGGUUGGGAAUCCAUGACCGUAGAGGGCUGACUGAAGUUACACGGAUUUUCAGCUGUUCAGAGGGCGGGCACCCUGACCCCCACAUUCUUCAAGGGCCAGCUGUACCGGCUCUACUGUAACAGUUUAGUUUUAUAUGUGUAAGCCUUUGUUGUUCCUUUUAGCUACCCUGAAAAAUUAUCUUUAAAAGGUGGCCUGGUUGGUAAGGCUGUACAGCAUUUUAUCCUCGAUCUACUUUCUAAUUUCAUCGAAGUAUACAGAGGUUUUGCAAACUUAUUUUUACUGUUAGAAAUUAUAAAUGUACUUAAGCUCUGAUCUGUUAUUGUAGACACUGUACAGUUAAAUUGACAUACAAGAUCAAACAUCUCUUGUGUUACCUUUAAUAUUGAGGAAUUAUUGCAGUGAUUCUUCCUAGGAUUUCAUGUAACGUAGAAAAAUUAUGUCUGUACGUUUUUCAAUCAGAUACAUUUUCUGUGCUUUAUAUUUGGUUUUUUGAGACUUCAAAGAGUCCUUGCAUUUAUGUACCUUUCAUAAAUGAUAACUUAUGGUCAAGUCAAUAAUAAAACAUCAUUUUCUCAGCAUUGUAAC